AUGCUGCACAACAUGCUCAACCUCAGCUUUCUGGACCUGGCGCUCCUCUGCCAUCCCAUCCUCGCACUCGUCCCAACCAAACCAACACAAAAAGCCUCUAGGAGACACUACCUCGCUUUCUCCUUCGUCGCUCUCCUCGCGCUGCGCUACUACGCCUCAACGCCGCCCCUCUCCACCCCCCUGGACGCAGAACUAUGCCAAACCCACGACGCCCCCAACCCAAUCGCCCACCUGUACCCCGGAAACGCAACCGGCACCUUGAACGGCACCAUCACCGUGCUCCCAAUCCCUCUAGCUCUAGCCCGGAAACUCAUACCGGCACAAUACACCAUCCGAACAACGGCGUACCAGCACCUCCUCCCCGCCUUCCCCAGGGACAUGUACCCAGCCAUCCUGCAAGCACUGCACGACCACGAAGUGCAAGCCUUUGGCUACAAGAUCCCCGACUUCUCACGAACAGGGAUCGAAUUCCCGUUCCUGGAUCUCUUCGCGGACGGCACGAGCUACAAAUGGGCGCCGAGCCUGCUCAUGACGGCGCACCACGACACGGCGCUCAAGGGGGCCCUGGACUACGGGACAGCCGUGUUCCCCGCGCAGUUCGAUCCGCCGUGCGAUGCGUACCGCCGGGCUCCACACGGUCGGACCUCCUUCGCUGCUAGCGCCGUGGAUGGGAAGGCGGCGGUGUCGACCCUCUUCGCGCCGACGACUGCGCCGCCUUUGUAUCCGCUCAACUUCUUCAAGAACGUGACGAACCAGCCGACCUUCGCGGAUGGGAAGACGUGCGAUAACAUGAUACGGUUGUUCAACACGAGCGUCACGACGGGGAUCGAGUCGGUGCGGGGGCGUGUGCGGGCCAAGAUUGCGCCGUUUGGGGAGGAGCGGGUGUGGGAGGGGGUCGAGGGGGUGCGGUUGGACUCUGCGUUUAUUGAGAACAACUACUUGCCGUGUGAGGGGUUUAGGGGGUAUGGGGGGUCGUAG